CGAAAGAAGAACAAAAUUAAAAUUUGUUUUGUGCUAGUGACUUGGGAGUUGGGAGUUGUGGUUCGAUGAUGCUAGGGUAACAAGUAGGGUCGCAAAAAAACACAAAUAACAAGAUGUUUUGGACUUUAGUAGCAUUGGGCCGCUGCCGCCGCCGGCAAUAGGACGGGUUCUGCCUCGGCACAUAGGGCAUGUCCGCUUCUUCCCCAACCAAGUCGUAAUGCACGCGGCAUGAAACUUGUGAGAGCACGGAGAGAGGGGCGUGAUCACGUGCCCGUCGGAGAACUCAUCGAGGCAGAUGGAGCAGGUUUCGCCGCCGCCGCUCUGGGUCUCUUUCGUCAGCAGAGAAAUCUCCACCUCCGACAUUCCGACGUUCUCCCCCACCAAUUCGGGAAGAGAAUUACCGUACUCUCCAUCCUCGUAGGGCGGCGGCGGCAGCAGAGAGGCAAGAAGCUGACCUUGAAGCGCAAAAUCCGGGAAUUCGUGAACCCAAAACUCUACCAAUAUGCAUACUCCGCAAGUCCCACGCGCCACCCGUGGAAAGACGUGCUCCGCCACCCGAGAAAUAAGAUGAACGGUGGAUUCCUGAUCCUGGCCAAGGUGCCCCGCGACUGCGCCAGCCAAGAAGAGGGAGGUGCUCCUCAGGGAGGAGAAGUGGCGCGUGGGGUCGAAGCGCACUGGACGGAGACCCUCAUGGUUGACUUGAAUGUAGAGAACUCCGUUUGUUGGGUUGCCUUCAGGAAAUUCGGCUCUUGAAGGAGUCCAGCCUUGCUUCUCUUCGGGUUGGAAUCAUCGAGAAAGGCCAUAUAGGAGACCGGAUUUCCAUCUUUUUUUAUACGAGUGAUAUACUUCUUCUUCCGUCCCAAAAAACACUUCUCAUUUCUAUUAAAAAGUCAUUUUUACCCCUUACUUUUUUAUACCCUACCUGUCACAUCAUACCUUUUUACUAAUAAUCUAUCCAUCAAAUCAUACUUUUACCCAUCACAUCAAAGGACAUUUUUAGAAAUUCAAUACCAAAAUAUACUCUCCUUAAAUCCCUCUUCAAAAUCAAAACUCCCAUGUUUU